UUCCCAGUACAUCUCUUACCGCUUAAUCCGGUAAUCUUCUUCCCCAACCCCGCCUCCUUCAUUUAAGACAGACUUCACUCUGCUUUAAUUACUCUGCAAUCGAACUCUUUCGUUUCCGUUUCAUUCAGAGGAAAAUGAGAAGCUUCAGCAAGCUCGGCUUAACUCUCCUCCUCGUCUUCCCCCUUUCUUCAAUCCUCUGUCUCGCCGUCACGCUCGUAUACUCCAUCCGCCGCCGACGACGACAGAAGCAACCACCACUCGCCGGCGAUGCUGAACUCGGCUGCAAAGUCGCCACUUUUAAGACAGUUGCAGUGCUCAGCACUCUCUGCUGUACAACGCAAUCACGCGUUGAGCCGGCCAUGGAUUCUCCGGUGCUCUGUUCAUCCGGCAGCCGGCGGGGGAAUAUUCCGGCCGCCGGUGAGGCGAAGGAUGAAUGUUCUCCGGCGAUGUGGGGAGCGGUGGUAUUGGGACCAUCGAGGGUGCUUUAUACGAUAAAGGAGGAAGAGAGGGAGGGUUUGGAGGUCGAAGAGAAGGAGGAGGAGGAGGAUUUCUUCGGCACGCCGUGCGAGUCGCCGGAGUUUUAUACUCCGGCUUCGUCUCCUGUUCGAGAGGCGGAGAACGAAGCGGAUGUAGCCGUGUGUGUUUCGCCGGCGUCGGAGAGUGGGUUUGGGAUUUCAUAAAUAGAAAGGAGGGAUUUUUUAUUUUUGCAGGGUAAUCAUGUAAUUUUUUUUUUUUGCAGGGUAAUCGUGUAAUGCGGUGGGUAUUAA